AUUUUGGGGGUCCUAGCCUGGAUUUUGGGGUCCCAGCCUGGAUUUUGGGUGUUCAAGACUGGAUUUUUGGGUCCAAGACUGGAUUUUUAGGGUCCUAGCCUGGAUUUUGGGGGUCCCAGCCUGGAUUUUGGGGUCCAAGACUGGAUUUUGGGGUCCAAGACUGGAUUUUGGGGGUCCCACCCACCGAGAUGGCGCCGGGGUCGACACCGAGCUUCUUCCUCCUCCUCGUGGCCCGAGCCUGGGCGCAGGAAGCCGCACCCCUGGAGGUGACGGGCGCCGUGGGGGGCGCGGCGUUCCUGAGCCCCCGCGGGCCCCAAAAUCCCUCGGAUUAUUCCCAAAUCCACUGGCGCUGGGAGAACCGGGUGAGAAUCGCCGGCUGGAAACGGGGGGAGGAGCCCGGGUACCCCCAGAGCCGCUUCUGGGGGCGUCUGGAGCUCCUGGGCAACCACACCCUAAAACUGGGCCACCUGAGGCGCGGGGACAGCGGCGAGUUCCAGCUGUACCGGGAGGAUGACGCGGGCAAGGAGAGCGUGGAGGAGUUCCUGCUGAAGGUCUACGACCUGGUCCCCAAGCCCCACGUGACGGCCACCCCCGCCGGCGACCCCGGUCAGUGCAAGGUCACCCUGAGGUGCUCCGUGGACCUCCAGGGGGUCACCUACGAGUGGAUCCCACCCCAGAGGCUCCUGGUGGAGGACGGCCCCGUCCUGAGCGUCUCCUUCAGCCCCGAGGGGGAAACCUUCACCUGCAAGGUCAGCAACGCCGUGUCCUCCAACAACGCCUCGCUGACCUUCCGGCAGCCCUGCGGCUGGACAGAUGGAUCCUCAUCCCUCACCUGCGCCACGCCCAGCCUGGGAAACCUCCUCCUCCUCCUCCUCCUCUUCCUCCUCCUGGCUUGAGGACACCGGGGAGAAGAUCCCCAAAAAAUCCUCCGGAGUGGCCGGCAUCGCCCGAUUCCUGGUUAAUUCGGAAAUCCUCAUCCCAAAAUCCACGCCCAGACCCCGCUCCGAGCCUUUCCCGGCUUUUCCCGGAAUUUUGGGGGGUCCUCCUUGGGUUUUUGGGAGGCGGCGCCUUUGGUUUUCCCCGCGAGGGAGGGUUUGGGGUCGGUCUCUGCUUUCCCGAGUGUUUGUUUGAACAUUAA